GUACUCAAAGCGAGACAAAAUGUUUCUUCGGUGAUGUGAAUUAACGAGUGAAUAUUUUCAACACCAUUACAUCAAUCGAAGGGGUACACCAUGCAAAAGGAUUUUCUACAUGGACGUAACACAAGUAGUUAGAUUAUUUCAUUGAAGAGAUCUGUAUGACCAGAUACCUCAAGCUCAGUUUCAACCGAUUUUACAUCAAUCAAGGAUCUGAUGACCUUUCUAUUAGCUUUCUGGGUUGUAUAAUAGAGAGUAAUUACUGAUUAGAUCAGCUAAACACACGAGAGAUGGCGAAGAAUUCCGAAGAGCUCGCGAUGCACUACCGAGAACUCACGAAAGCCCGACCGGUUAGCGGAGACCCUCAGAAGGUCGUCGAGAGGUACAACGAAUUGGCGGCAACUUACGACGAGCAUUCAAAGUUCGUCGGUUAUUCGGCGCCAGCCGGAGCUUGUCGAAGAUUAUGCGAAGUAGUGACGAGCAAGGAAUCUUUAAUUCUAGAUGUCGGGUGCGGUACUGGAAUGCUUGGUGAAUUGCUUCACAAAGAAGGUUAUAGCAACCUCUACGGCCUGGACCCAUCGGAAAGGUCGUGUGACGUAGCGAGGUCAAAGGGUUGCUAUGCGACCGUCAUUCAGGGCGUGGCAAGACCAGAGUCCCCUCUGAGUUUUGACGAUGGCUAUUUUGACGCACUAGCUAGCAGUGGAACAUUUCAACCAGGCCAUUGUGAUCACAACGAUAUCCCUGAACUGAUACGGCUUUUAAGAUCAGGUGGAUUCAUGGUGAUAUCUACCCGGAAGGCGUCCCUGAACGAGACAGACAGCUACCGGGUCAAAAGCACGCUGAAACAUCACGUGGACACCGGAGUCUUGCAAGAAUUUUCCUACCAGGAAUUCGACGAUUACUUUGGAUUUGCUACCGAGGAUGUGACAGGAAUAGUCCUGACUUACAAAAAGAACUAAAGGGUAGUUGAAACCAUAUAGAAUGGACUCCAGUAACCAUGGUAACCAUGACAAGUGAACUUGUAACGCAUCUAUUUCUUAUUAUUCUAAUUAAUAAUGUCCGUUCAACAGUAUUUCAAGGGAAGAGCAAUAAAUCGACGUUUAUUCUGACACAUUAGGCCUACACUCUAAAAACACUGAGUAAAAAUUGUAGCCAAUAUUGGUUUAGAAAGGGAACAUGCAUGUUUGCUGGGUAUUUUUUUUACCCUACAUUGGGCUCUUUCAGCGCAAUAUUGCGUAAAAUUUACAAAAUAUUGGGUUUCAUUUUACCCAACCAACAUGCAUGUUCCCAUUUUACCCAAUAUUGGGUAAACCUUUUUUUAGAGUGUAGGGAGUCUUUGCUUAACGAAUCACGAUUGAUUCGAGAACAUAGAAAAGGUAUUUUCAAAUGCCUUCCAUGACAAUGAACUACCAAGAAGUCUUUGUCGAAAUUGGUGAAAUUGGUCAACUCCAAAACUUAACACAAAACUACUUUUCUGGUUCACCAAUUUUCGACAAAGACCUCCUAGCCGCUUAUUGUCAUCUGACGGGCAAUCUCAAUGCACUUUUACUGUGUCCUUGAAUCUGCCGUGUAUCGCGGUGCAUGAACGCCCAAUUCUUGUAAGUCUUUUCGCUAUCUAGUUACAUUAUUCCGGACUUUUCGCAUUUACUACAGAGAACACUCUCUACAACGCACCAAUUCCUUUGAAAAUGCAAAUCAAAUCACAAUGGAGAGCUGAUUGGCUUUUGUCGAAAGUUGGUGGACCGGGGCCGCAUCGGAAUCUCUAGACUCUGGACGACGACAUAUUUGCAAUUGUUCGUCCGGUGCAUAUCUUCGGAUGAUCUGCUGUCCCAGUACACCAACUUUCGACAAAAGCCUCUCCAUUGUGAUUUUAAUUGCAUUUUCAAAGGAGUCGAUGGGUUGUAGAGAGUUUCCCCGUAAAUGCGAAAACUCUCUAUUGAAUGCUUUACUGUACAGAAGACACUGAUCCAUGUGUAUUCGAGUUUGUGGUAUAUUAAGACGCGUAUAAAUAUGAGACAAUUUAUAACAAUCUUGCUGAAGCCACCUUGCCAAGUAAACCUAAUUCUGUAUUUUUUUUUUUUUUAAUACCAAAUUCUUAUAUGCUAAAGUAAAGAAAUACAUUCGAAUAAUUUGUUUGAUACGGAUAUCCCUUCAGAGUUAUGAACCAAAGACUAAUAUUAAGACAUCUUCUUUUAACUUUUCAUCCAACUUAAUUUGAUUGUUACAAAUUUAGAUUGAUGAUCUGCUUUUUCAACGAUUUCAAUAAAAAAAUGCAAUUAUGUUAUGACAAUAAGAAGACGAAAGACAAAAUGUAACCAAAGUAACAAAAUAGAAAGUACCUAAUUUUUACAAAAAUAAGACACGUAUAUAAUUUCAUGUUGCUAUUUGAAAUAGAAUUUUAUUGUGGAAUAAAAGUAGAAUCGAGUCUGGUUUUGUGCUUAUUUUUAUCAGCAGGUAAAAUAUCUUGUUUCAAAAGAACAAAGAUGAUUCAUGUUCUCGGUUAUCCUGGUAAAGAUACAGUAUGUGUAAAAAAAAAAAAAAAAAAAGAAUACGACAAAUGCAUGAUAAUCUAUGACUUUGGUUAUUUUCUGAACCAUAUUCGGAUCGAUUAUUGUGAUUUUUGAAUAAUUUUAACAGAUAAAACACUUUAACGAAUUUACAUCAUUUCGAUGCUAGUCCACUGUGCCCAGAACGAAAAGUAAAAUGUUCUUAAGUAUAGGGAUUACAAAAGGGAACAAUAUAAUUUGCCCAAAUGUAUUUCUCAAGUAUAAUAUAAUGUAGAAAAACAAAAUUGUAAUAGGUAAGAUAAAAUAUACUUCAAGAAACAUAUGAUUCGAUUCAGUUCUAUUCACAAUUCU